AGCCUCUUACCCUCUGCCUCUGACCCUCCUUCCCUUGCAGCCCUCUGGUAUAAGAGGGGGUGGAUAUUCAACGCCGCCUCGCCACAGUCACUUUGCGUUGACUCGGCACGACGCGCUCCUCGUUCUGUCCAAGAAUUAUCUUCUGCUCCUGGAGCCGUCAGCAUGGAUCCUCUGGAACUGGAGUCGUUCGAGAGGCUGGAGGUGGCGAACCAGAAGGCGCAUCACCUGGAGGCUCUCACGGUGGAGAAAGACCGUCUGUUCUUGCGGAGGGGGCAGCCGUUCCAGCUCCUCGUCAAAUUCCGAGGACGGCUGUUUAACCCCGGGAAUGAUGCCAUCGCAUUGGCACUGCAUACGGGCCCCAGCCCCUCGCAGCAGGACGGCACUCUCCUGCGCGCAUCCUCGGACAGCGCGGGGGAGCUCUCCGUGACCGCACACGGCAGCGGCCACACCUGGAGCUUGCUCGAGGCGUCCACCCCGGCCGGCGCCCCCAUUGGCCGCUACACGGCCUUCCUGGAGACGAGGCUCGCGAAGGGCGGCGACAGCACGGUGCGCUGCUUCCCCCUGGGGGAAAUCGUUCUUCUCUUCAACGUCUGGUGCAAAGACGACGCCGUGUAUAUGGAGGAUGACCUCCUCCGCUCCGAGUACGUUCUCAACGAGACUGGAAAGAUCUACGUGGGCUCCCACGACUACAUCUCCUCCGUCCCAUGGAACUUCUCCCAGUUCGCCCAGGGCCUGGGUGACAUCUGCUUCCAGAUCCUGGACAAAAGUAACAUGGCGCUCGAGGAUCUGGCAGCGGACACGAAGAAGCGCGGAGACCCCGUCCACGUCAGCCGAGUGCUCUCCGCCAUGAUCAACUGCAACGACGACAAGGGGGUGCUGCAGGGUAAUUGGUCGGGCAAGUACCCGAACGGGACGUGUCCCACCAGCUGGACGGGCAGCGCCGACAUCCUGCGGUGUUGGCAUAAGACGCAGUGCCAGGCGGUCAAGUAUGGUCAGUGCUGGGUGUUUGCCGGGGUGGCUUGUACCGUGAUGCGCUUCUUUGGCCUGCCGACACGCUGCGUCACCAACUUCACGUCGGCUCACGACAAGGACGGGAACCUCUCGUGCGACCGCUUCUACUACGAGAGCAACAACAAGCAGGAGUCGCACGACUCUGUGUGGAACUUCCACGUGUGGGUGGAGAGCUGGAUGUCGCGGAAGGACAUCGAGGAGGGAUACGAUGGGUGGCAGGUGAUUGACCCAACCCCGCAGGAGAGGAGCGAGGGCAUGUUCUGCUGCGGGCCGGCGCCGGUGCGUGCGGUGCGCAAGGGCCAGGUGUCGCUGGGCUACGAGACGCCGUUCGUGUUCGCCGAGGUGAACGCCGACGUGGUGAUGUGGUCCGUAGCGGCCGACGGGAGGCGAACGCGCAUGUCGUGCAACACGGACCACGUGGGACGCUGCAUCAGCACCAAGCGUGCGGGCUGCGACGAGCGGGAGGACAUCACGCUCCAGUACAAGUACCCCGAAGGCUCCAAGGAGGAGCGGGCGGCCUAUGCCCGGGCAACGUGCAUCGUCCGUGGGGAGAGACCGCAGCCAGGAGUCGACGACAAGUAUUCCCGGCCGCUGGUCCCCAACGGAGCCGGCGAGCGGGGCGAGCCGCAGGGCGAGGUGGUCCAGGGCCUGCUCGUGCGGACCCGCCUGAGCCGCUCGGCGUUUGUGGGCAGCGACAUGGACGUGCACACGUCGCUGCGGAACCCGUCGCGCCGGCACGCGGCGGUCGUGCGUCUCGUGCUCUGCGCCAGGGCCGUCACCUACACGGGGAUGGUCAGGGAGAUCUGCACCCAGAGGGAGUGCACCGUGGAGGUGCCGCCCGGAGAGACUGUCUCGGAGCCACUGCGAAUCAAGUACAAGGACUACGGAUCUCAGCUGAGAGAUCAGAACAUCAUCCGCGUCACCUGCGCUGUCACUCUGCCCGGCCAGGAGACGAUCCUGGCCUUUUCUGAGCGGAACAUCAUCCUCGAGACCCCAGAGAUCCACGUGAUGGUGCUGGGUGAGCCUGUGGUUGGCCGAGAGCUGAAGGUCGAGAUGUCCUUGGUGAAUCCACUGCCUCAGCCUCUGGACGACGGGGUGUUCUCCCUCGAGGGACCAGGCCUCACCAGUCUCCAGCAAAUCUCCUGCAGCGACAGGGUGGAACCCGAGAAGAAUGUGUGCGUCAGUGCAUCGUUUUGCCCAAGAAAGCCUGGGCUGCACAACCUCGUCAUCACGUUCAACAGCAAUCGCCUGCGCAACGUCCAUGGGGAGGCGCGCGUCAUCGUGCGCAGAGCUUAAGUGCACCGAGCGGACUGCCCCGCGCAGCCUGGUUUCGGAGUCUGGGUCUGCGUGCAUUCAAACCAGCUGUGCGGGAUACUACGGGUUUUAAAAUGACCGUAAACAUAGUAACAAUUCAGUCUAUUUGGUGCUUGCGCCAUUCUUAUCGUGCAAGGCUAUAUACAGGGUGUCCCAAAAGUCUGGAAUUAUAGGGGUUAAUUAUACAAAAAAGCAAUAACGCUUUUAUUCACAGAACAUUCUCGAUGUGUCCACCAUUGUUCCUGAUACACGACAAACUCCUCGAAGGUCCACUGCGUGGUUUAUCUUGUAUGAAUCCCGUUUCCCUAAACUUUGCAACACAAUCGUGAUUUGAAGUUUUCGUAACUGCAGGGAUCCAUACUCUUUGGUUCUUUUGGUAAAGUCACGUAGGUAUAAAAUAAAAUAAAUUAAAUCACGACGUUUCGAUUGCAACACAAGCAAUCAUCAUCAGGUGUGAAAACCACAGCAAGAUAUGUUUUGCUGCAGUGCAAUACAGCUCCGUGUUAUUGGCUCGCGGUCUGGAUGCAGUCUGUUAAAUGCAACAGCAAUCUCCGUCUGUCUCCUACUUCCUAUGAGUAGCAUUAUCUGGACUCAUUCUUCCUUACUCAGAUACAUUUUGGGCCUGCAGAAACAAAACACUAUGAAUUAGUUAUGUUUUCCUUAUGAUUCCAGACUUAUGGGACACCCUGUAUAUAUGACGAAGGCGCCAUGUGCCACAGACCGUUACAUCGGCGCACAAUGGCCUCCUAAUUUUCGAAAUGCAUUAGGGGUUCUGUAAGAUCAACUGUGAAGCAGGCGGCACUUAGUUUGUCGUGCUUAAUACACCUGCAGUGAUAACUAGCAUCGUCUGCCAGAUUAAAACCACGAAUCUCUACAAGUGGCCUUGUCUGGGUAUUUCCAUGUCUAUUUCUCUGUUUUUAUCUAUAUUAAGUUCCGUAGUUCAUAAUGUCAAUGUCAGAGACACUCAACUAGUACUACCUUAUUAAAAACCUGGGCUAAUCCUUGGGUAUGCUUGCAUUUUAUAUCAAGGCUGCUUACACCUAUCUAUGCACUGCACGUUAAGUAUGUUCCUAUAGAUGUUGGUGGUUGUUUAUGAGGGUAGACUGACAGCUGCCAUUAGAAUGUGGGCCACCCCUGAGUUUGGAGACCAUCAAGUGACUUGGCUCAGAGUCAGGACUUAAAGCUAAGGUUGUGAAGCCAUGCAUGCGUCAGCUCCGUCCGUAAGUUUGUUACUCUCGUGAAGAUAAUCAAAUAUCAACAAAGCUUUUCCAUGAACUUGCGUUGCUAUUCGGGACCCAUCCUAAAGAAAACCAAAUUUAUCAAAUGGUCACCCUAAACUCGGAGACUCAAGAAGCGCUAUAAGGACCACCAUCGGCGACACGGCCCUGCCGGCCGAGGUUGCACCUUGCUGGGCAGAGCCGCUAUGAGAGCACCGUGGUCUCGUCAUGGCCUACGGACGUAUUGCUUGACUGUUGUAAUUUAAAAGCAAAAACUUCAGAGGACAAUCGCAUUGUUAGAAAGCGUUUACAGAACCUAACCAUAUGCGUAAAUUUCCAUUCCUUGUUUAUUCCGUUGUGAUUUUUUUUUUCACCAUGGGGAGCCAACUGAUAACAAUGGACUCGGUUUGCAAGGAAACGAUCUAAGCUACACUGGUCAGCCAAUCUCUCCUUGUCUGCCAUGCUGUCGCCAGUCUCAACGUCUUACAUUUGCAUACCUGUCCACCCCUUAUCAGUGGCCUACCUUAUUACAGACCAACUCAGACCUUAUUGGUCACCCCGUGCCCCUUAUAAAUCUCAACGUUCAUCCUACAAAGUCCCAUCACAAGGGAGAAACACAAACAAAUAGACAACACAUUUUUUUUGCCCGUAUUGAAAUGGCUGUACGCCGUAUGGACCUCAAAACUCAAUUUCCCUGUACAAGAAUACAGUUAAACUGUACGGGUUGACAGGUAUGCAUUUAUGACAUAGGUAACAUUAAAAGUGACGGUGUUUGGUGUGUUCAUUUAUUGGAAAAUGCCCUGCUUAUGUUUGAUGGGCCAAAUAAAUAGAUGUAGAAAUAA